AUGGCCUUGGGGCUGUCGCCCGUGUACCACUGGGAAACCAGCGAUGAUGCAGUCGUCACCUUUGACGCUGUCCAUCGGAGGAUCAUCCACAUCCGAUCUGGUGGCUUUGACACGGUGAACGUCAUCGAUGGUGCCAUCGAUGGGGAACCCCCUCCGGAUGGCCUCUCCGUGCAGCUGGAGCAGGAAGGCAUUCAUUCUUUGAGAUUUUCACCUGAUGGGCUCUACUUCGCAUUUCUGGCCAAGUCCAGACGAGUGGGAACAGUCCAGACGAUGCAGCAUCAACCUCAGAAGGGCAGAGCUGACUUUGAGAUUCUGGGUUACUUUUGGCUGCCUGGAGGGCCGCAGGACUGCAACUCGGAUCUGGCCAUGGUCAGUUCUCACGGCAUCGAGAUCUUUCGCCUGAGCUUCGAGCAGAAGACCUGGAAAUCGUUGAAGACCUUCCCCUCUUCUGUGCGAAUUUGUUGGUUGGAUCCUGCGGCCAGCACCGUAUUGCUUUGCACUGGGACGCGGACUCUUCAACCCUUUGACUUCCGCAGGAGGAAUCCUAAACUUCCAAGAUUUGACCUUGUACUGACUCGCGGCCAUUCCAUUGAACCAGCCGAUGUUGCACUGGUCACAAUUUACGACUGCAGCUACUGCAUACAUGCAGAUGGCCUGACUGGAAAAGUGUCCCUGCGCAACGUCACGAAUUUGGAGCAAGGCACCCCGGAGCAUGACAUCGUCAUCGACAUCUCGGAGAGUGACGCGCCAGUGGGUCCGCUACGUUUGUCGGUGGUGGACAACCUGCUGAUUGUACACUGCUUGGAAAGGAUGGUGGCUUUGAUCUUCGAUAUUCGACACAAAGAACGUGACAUCGUUCCAAGCCUCAUCUCGCCAUGUACUGUGACCUCUCACGAGGGCCCGUUGGUGAUCUGGGAUUACUUGGAUGGUGGCAUCGUAUUGGAUGCCAGCAAGGGUGUGGUGUAUCAGUUGCGCCUUGACUGUGGCAUCAUUUUAGAGGAUUUCUUAUCGCGGCCACCGCAUGAACUGGCCACUGUCCUGAAAUUGCUGCUGCGGAGAACGGGAUGCAGAGAUCACAUCGUGCAACUGCUGCGGAAGGGCUUGGUGUCCAAGACCAACUCCUCGGAAAUGGCACAGGGAUUUCAAGUUCUGAACUCGGCCUAUCGACAGGUCAUUGAAGCCUUAUCUCAAAAAUCGGGUACGCGGCAAACGACGGUUUCGCUUCAGGAGCUUGAGGCACAAAUCGCAUAUCAGUCAGUGCUGUCUGAAAAAGAUAUGGUGACAUUGGUCUUCCAUCCCCACUUCGUCAUGAGUGAGGGUCUGGAAGAGAGCAUUCCAACUGGAAACAACGAUAGCUUUGCAUUGGAGAAUUGGACCAUUCCGGAAAGCCUUCGAGUGACAAAUCCGGGCAAAGGAGGCAAGACCCCAUAUGUCUUGUCAGUGGUCAUCAGCUAUUUGCGAAGUCUGCUGGGACUUCAAAUCUUGCCACACAAAAUUCUGCAGUGCUUUGUCUUCGACAUUUGCGUCUACUUCAGGCAAGAGCAUCUGUUGCAACAGCUGCUGCACUAUCAUGUCCUGUUGGACUCCCCGGAGCUGGCGCUGCGGCUGCAGAUCUUGGCGAAGGACAGUCGGAGCUGGGCCACCCAGGCGAGCCUGGACAUGGCGUUGCGUGUGCGGGAGUUCUCUGUGGUGGCUGAGAUGCUACUCUUUUCCGGGCAGUACCUGGACAUUGUGCCGUUCAUCGUGACUCAGAAGGAUGUGAAUUUCAAGGUGAAGACUCUGCUUGAGGAGUUGGAGAGCGACAUUAAGGCCAAUUCCGAAGAUCCGGAGCUGAUGCAGCAUGUCUUAACUGAAAUCCGACUCUGGAAACAGGAAGCCGAUCUUUCUCCUCGAUCCGCAGAGGGUGGAGUGCCUCAACCUGACCUCGACGGAUGCGAGAAAUGGCUACCAGAGCUGGUCAACACCUUGACGUCCUGA